AUGUUGCGCAGAGACACACAGACGACAGCUAUUAUAACAAAGAUUGAACAGCUUUCCGCUGUGUCUACGUCAACUUUUACUAUUAUCACAAGGUGCUUCAGAAAGUUACCUGUUGUCAAAGAAGGUUCUGCUAUAUAUAUUUUAUAUAAAGCAUAUUUUAUUGAUAAUCGUUUUUAUCAUAUAGCGGAAGAUUAUUACCACGGUGUUGCUGUGUUAACAAAAGAAUCAGCAUUAAAAAGAAUGAGCAAUAACUCACUUCUUACAUUUGUAAAGCUAAUUAUUGGAUUAAACAUUGCUUUGCAAUUAGUAAUUAUAAUUGUUGAACGUUGGGCUUUAAAAAGCAACCAUGGUCGCGGAAAGUUUAUUAUCUUGUUAAAGAGUAAAAGAACAGUAAUGGAUUUCAAGUGUUUACUUUUGUUGUGUCUGUUCGUUGCUGCUGCGCAAUGUUACCACAAAAAAGCUGAUGAUGAGUUGGAUGAGUUCGCUGAUGAUGUAGAGAACGAAGAUGAAAUCGAAUUGCAGGACAAGGAUGACGAAGCUAUGUAUAAACUAAAGCAAGAUCCUGCAUGGGGAAGAAGAAGAAGGAGAAGAAGAUCGUGCAGUCGACGCCGAAGAUACUCCAGUUGCAGUGGUCGACAUAAUGGUUGUGGUUCUGACGCUACAAAGAACGUGCCAGCACCUUACAAAAGCGUUUUUAAACCGGCAUGUAAUAAACAUGAUGUUUGCUACAACUGUGGUAAAUUAAGAGGAUGGACUCAAAAAGAAUGCGAUGAAAGAUUUAGAAAGGAUAUGUUAAAGAUAUGUUCAUGCAAAUACGACAAAUGGUACCAAGCAGCUGGAAAGACACAAUGCCAGGGUUACGCUUAUACCUACUAUGGUAUCGUGCGUGCGGCUGGUAGCAAUUUUUACCUGAAGAAUUCUCAUGAUUACUGUUCGAACGACUGUGUUUUGAGAAGAGGUAGUGCUGAACUAGCCUUGUAAUUUGUUUGUUUUCCUGGAAUACAAUGCUUUUAUUUUUAA